AUGGAGCUACCAAAUGCCAUUCCCUAUGCAUUCGAGUUUCGUCCAGAGUCGACUGCAUUGGUCAUCAUUGACAUGCAGCGAGACUUUGUCGAGCCUGGAGGUUUUGGCAGCAUUCAAUGCGGCGAUGACAAAGUGUUCAAUGCAGUGCGUAGGAUUGUCCCUGUGGUCCAGCGAGCCUUGGAAGCAUCUCGGAAGCUGGGACUUUAUGUCAUGCACACUCGAGAGGGACAUCUCCCCGAUCUAUCAGAUUUACCCGCGUCUAAACGACUGAGACAGACGAACGCUCCCAAUGGCCAUCAUACUAUCGGUAUUGGAGAGCCAGGACCUAUGGGUCGGUUGCUUAUCAGAGGAGAGUAUGGCCACGAUAUCGUUGACGAGCUUAGGCCUUUACCAGGAGAAGUAAUCAUUGAUAAGCCUGGAAAAGGGUCGUUUUGGAAGACAGGCUUUCACCGAGCGCUGUUGAACCGAGGCAUCACGCAUUCGUUGCUUGCUGGAGUGACUACCGAGUGCUGUGUAAAUACCACGGCUCGUGAGGCUGCCGAUCGUGGCUUCGAGUGCUGCAUACUGAACGACUGUACCUCCGGCUUUGAUGCCAACCUGGUGACGAGCGCCAACGCUACUAUCUGUGCCUACGACGGUCUUUUCGGCUACGUCGCACUGAAGAGCAUGUCAAUCUCAGAUCUCUCUCAAGCUUAUCGUCAGAACACACUAAGGCCGAUGGAUGUCAUUCGAGCCGCUGCUGAAAAGGCAUCAGAGUAUCUCCGUCAGAAUCCAUGUGUGGCGACCAUUCUCACCAACCCGGAAACAUUGAUUCGAGAGGCAGAGAGCUUGCAACAAAAAUUCGUUGGUAAACCACUACCGCCGCUCUACGGUAUCCCCUUUACAAUCGGAAGAUAUGAGGACUAUGCAGAGAUAGACGCUUUGGUUGAUGCUGGUGCCUUGUUGGUGGGAAGUCUUUCUGAACCUUCGGCCUCAGUGGCUGGCCUCGGCGUGUCGUUCGCUCUAGAUAGCUAUCCGUCCAGUAUCGCCCGCACUCGGACGUCGACAGGUGUCACUGUGUUCGAUCCGACCUCCACUGGACCGACGUCGAUCGUAGCUCAGUCCAGCGAGGAGGCACACAAGGUUUGGCUGGUCAUCGACCAGGGCCCCAGCGACGAGGAAAAUACGCUGAUCGUGCCUCGCAGCGUUGUCGACUCAUGGGUCUGGCAUGUCGACUUUUGUGGUACAAAGACCGGUGGCUUUGUGUUCGGCUUGCUCAGAGACAAAUCUUGCUGCUCUGAUGUUUCCCACCAUCUCCGUACUCAAAAGGCUAUUCAGCAACUUCAAGCAGCCGGCGGCCGAGCCCAAGAAAUUGACUACGCCGUGUUCGAGCAAGCCAAAAAGGUCAAUCGGGACAUGUUUCUGUUGGCGGUCAAGGAAACUGUUAGCAUGCAGGCAGUAUUGGAGCUUCAGGUCAGGCAGUUGGAGUUGUCUCGAGCAGCGACAAAGAUUCUGGAAACAGUCGAUGUCUUGGAUGACCCCAUGACAACAUGUUUAUGUCACUCUGCCUGCGAACGUGCGGAGCAAACUCGCUGUCUUGUCGAGAGCUUGGGGUUGUGUGGCAUCAGUGUCGACUCCGGGCUUAUUCAGACGCAACAGGGAUACAAUGGACUAACGCUUAUGCUUGUUGGGGGAACAGGGAGGGAUGGGAGGAUACUCGAUAUAGCACGGGAACUGGAAAAGACGAUGUCACACCGAUUCGCGUAG